AUGCCGUAUACCCUCAAAGGCCGUAAUGUGCUCGUCACAGGAGGGUCAAGAGGUCUAGGAGCUUUGAUUUGUGAAAAGUUCGCUGCGGAGGGUUCAAACGUUGCUGUAAACUAUGUCUCAAGUAAAGACCGGGCUGAAGAAGUUGCCAAAAAGGUGGAGUCAUACGGAGUGAAGGCUAUAUGCAUUAGAGGAGAUUGCGGAUCAUCUGAGGACAACACGAGGCUGGUCAAAGAAACGGUCAAGGCUUUUGGGGGAAUUGAUAUAAUCAUCGCAAACGCUGGAUGGACGCGAUUCGCCAAAUUUGGUGACCUCAACGACUUGUCGCUCGACGAGUGGAAUAAAUGCUGGGCAAGCAAUGUGAUGGCUCACCUGCAACUCAUGCAGGCAGCUGGUCCAAUAUUCGAUGCCAACGACGAAGGUGGCGUCUACAUUAUCACAUCAUCGGUAGCGGGAAUCUCGACUGGUGGCAGUUCGAUGGGAUACUCAGUCACGAAAGCAGCUGGAUUGCAUUUGAUGAAGUGCAUCGCCGCCACACAGGGUUCGAAAGUCCGUAUGAAUGCUGUUCUGCCUGGCCUCUUACUCACCGAGUGGGGACUGAGAUAUUCUGAGGACCGCAUCAAGGAGUUGAAGGACAAAGCUGUGCUAAAGACGGAGACAGAUCUAGACGACUGCGCCGACAUGGUAGGUGAACCUGAAUAG